AGCCACCACGCCAUUAAACUCACCGCAGUUGGAUCAAAUCGAACACUCUGAAACCCUAAAAAGCACUAAUCCCUACCCUACCCUCCCCUACCAUGGAUGAUCCUCCCGACUGCGACAACACCACCACCACCACCAACGGCCAAGCUACUCACGACUGUGACACCACCAACAACAACCACGUCUCCAAGAAGCCCAAGCUCUCAUCUUUCAUAACCACCUCCGAAAUCCAAACCGAGUUCGCUCACCACCAAACCGGCGUCGCCCGAAUCAACAACGGCAGCUUCGGAAGCUGCCCUUCUUCCAUCAUCGCCGCCCAGCGACGGUGGCAGGUCAAAUUCCUCCACCAACCCGACGCCUUCUUUUUCAAUCACCUCCACAACGGCAUCCUCCACUCCCGCACCGUAAUCAAGAACCUCAUCAAUGCCGACCACCUCGACGAAGUCUCCAUCGUCGACAACGCCACCACCGCCGCCGCCAUCGUCCUCCGCCACAUCGGUUGCGCCUUCGCCGAACGCCGAUUCCAGAACGGCGACGCCGUCGUCAUCCUCCACUGCGCCUUCCAGGCCGUCAAGAAAUCUAUUCAGGCCUACGUCACUCGCGCCGGUGGCUCCGUCAUUGAAGUUCACCUUCCAUUUCCUGUUCAUUCUGACGAAGAAAUCAUCGAGGAGUUUCGUCGAGGUUUGGCUAGAGGUAAAGGCAAUGGCGGUAGAACUAGAAAGGUUAGGUUAGCUAUAAUUGAUCAUAUUACAUCUAUGCCUUCUGUGGUGCUUCCUGUUCGUGAAUUGGUUCGGAUUUGUAGGGAAGAAGGUGUGGAUCAUGUUUUCGUCGAUGCUGCCCACGCAAUUGGCAGUGUUCAUGUCGAUGUGAAAGAAAUUGGGGCUGAUUUUUAUGUUAGUAAUUUGCAUAAAUGGUUGUUCUGCCCACCUUCAGUGGCAUUUUUGUAUUGUAGAAAAUCAUCAGUAUCCUCUGAUUUGCACCAUCCUGUGGUUUCACAUCAAUAUGGGAAUGGACUGGCUGCGGAGAGUGCGUGGAUUGGGACAAGGGACUAUAGCUCACAGCUUGUCGUUCCGGACGUUUUAGAUUUCAUUAAUAGGUUUGAAGGUGGUAUUGAAGGGAUUGCCAAGAGGAAUCAUGAUGCUGUUGUUGAAAUGGGUGAAUUGCUAGCCAAGGCUUGGGAAACUAGUCUCGGGUCACCUCCGGAUAUGUGUCCCAGUAUGGCAAUGGUUGGCUUGCCUGCUAGCUUAGGGAUUUUUAGUGAUGAUGAUGCCUUGAAGUUGAGAACCCAUUUGCGGGAUCAUUUUCGAGUGGAAGUUCCAAUACACUACCAUCAGGCACCAAAAGAUGGUGGCGAUAUUGUUGUUAGGCAUGAAAAUAGUUGUAUAACGGGUUAUGCUCGUAUUUCUCAUCAGGUUUACAACACAAUUGAUGAUUAUCUCAAGUUUAGGGAAGCAAUUAGUCAGCUUGUGUCUGAUGGAUUCACUUGCAAGAUGCUCUCCCAAAAAUGAAAAGAGGAAUGCAUCAUGUCUUAGGAUCGAACUCUUUCCAUAACAAGGCAGCUGGAUUGAAACAUCUGGAGCUGUCUUCUGUAGAUUGUCAUGAUCUGUUCUUCUACUUUGGGUGCCUGUAGCUUGUCCCAGUUCGCGUUGGAAUUUCGGGCAACAUGCUGAAUAGUAAGUGGAGAUGUUGUAUGUACUCACUCGGGACGUGUAAAAGGUACCCUUAUGGAUCUCUAAUGAGUAGAAGCUGACUUACUAAUAUGUUUGGCCCUGUUUUGAUCUAUCUUUUGUAGUUGCUUAUGCAAUAAGCCUAUUGGCAUUUGUAUUCUUUGAGCAAUUCAACUAGUUUCUACUAAAUUCAAAUUUACUUGCUCCUUUUUCUGUAUGAUUUGUUAGUUCUGAGGCAUUGAUUUCUUUGUGGAAGUUUGGCUGUUGGGCACA